AUGGGUCUGCUCCUACCCUUGUUGCUCUGCACAUUGGCUGCAUGCUGCAGGGCUAGAUCUGUACCCGGGAAACCACCCCCCUUAGGUGUGCUCUCCCGUGGCUGCAAUGACUCAGAUGUUCUGACAGUCGCAGGCUUUGCCCUUCAGGACAUCAACAGGGACCGAAAAGAUGGCUACGUGCUGAGCCUCAACCGAGUGAGCGAUGUCCGUGAACACAGACAGGUUUAUGGUCAGUGCAAAGCAAUAUAUUAUGUUAACAGGCCAGAAAGGAUUCUCUACUUAGCUGCUUAUAACUGUACUCUUCGCCCAGUUUCUCGAAGAAGAAUUCACACAAUGUGCCCUGACUGCCCCUUCCCCACCAACUUGUCAGAUCCUGAGUAUCUGGAAGCUGCCCUUGAGUCUCUUGCAAAAUACAACAGUGAGAGCCCCUCAAAGCAGUAUUCUCUUGUCCAAGUCACCCAGGCUUCUAGACAGUGGGUGGUUGGCCCUGCCUACUUUGUGGAAUAUUUAAUCAAAGAGUCACCAUGUACCAAAUCCCAAGCCAGCAACUGUGCACUUCAGCCACCUGACUCUGAACCUGUUGGUCUUUGCACAGGUUCCGUGACUCAAACACCAAUGGAAAAGUUUGUCUCCGUGUCUUGUAACUUCUUUGAACAACAGAGCCCUGCCCCUGGAGGGGAAGCCGAUGCUGCUAACCAGGGACCUGCACAUCUCCCUGGGGUGGGAGAGUCCCAGCAGAAAGUUGUCGUAGAUCCUACUCCCGGCUUGCUCCUCAAAGCUGUGCCUAAAGGAUCUGUCCAACACCUCCCUGACUUGGAUGAUGAGAAGAAGCCCGAGGAUGCUGAGGAAAACCAACAUGCUGAGGCCUUCCCUGUGAAGCUGGAUCUCACCACAAAUCCUUGGGGAGAAACAUUGGAUGUGUCCUUCCUUUUCAUGGGGCCUGCGGAGCAGAAGCUGCUUGUCCUGCCUUUCCCCAAGGAUGAACGACGCUCUGCUGAGUGCCCAGGACCAGCCCAGCAGAAUAACCCUCUUAUCCUCCCACCAUGA